CCACUGCAACACCAAGAGCAAGAUCAACAACAAACACAAACGUUGUAUUGUUAGCGGCUGCUCGUUGCGGAGUGUUUUUAUCACAGAUUUCUGUCAGUGAGAAGUAUGGAGGGGAAGCGGAAAGCUGAGUUCAUGGCAGUAGCAGUGCAGCCCAAGAAGCCAAGAAACGAAGUGGUGGUUCAUGGAGGAGAGAAAGGCGUCGUGCAGAGUGGUGGGCCACCUCGUACCAGUGGCCUUCUUGGCCCUAUAAUGCAACUGUCAGGGCACCAGGGUGAUGUGCUGUGUGGGAAGUUCCAUCCCGAGGGAGAUGUUCUAGCAACAGCUGGCAUGGACAGGCAAAUAUUCUUCUGGAAGGUGUACGGGGAGUGUGACAACUUUGCAGUGCUGCCUGGCCACACCAAUGCUGUAACAGACCUGCACUUCAGCACUGAUGGCACAGCACUCUACACAUGCUCAGCAGACAAGACAGUCAUGUGCUGGGACACCAUGACUGGCACCAGGGUGAAGAAGCUCAAGGGUCACAGUAGUUUUGUAAACUGUGUGCACAGUGCUCGCCGUGGGCCAUGCCUGGUGGUGAGUGGUGGUGACGACUGUACUGUGUUGAUCUGGGACGUGAGGAAAAAGAGGCCAGCCACCACUCUGCAGAACACCUUCCAGGUGACAGCUGUAACCUUCAAUGACACUUCAGAACAAGUCAUCUCAGGUGGUAUUGAUAAUGACAUGAAGGUGUGGGAUCUGCGAAAGAAUGGGUUGUUGUAUCGCAUGCGAGGCCACAAUGACACAGUGACUGGCCUGAGCCUGUCUCCUGAUGGCUCCUAUGUGCUGUCCAAUGCCAUGGACAACACUGUCAGAAUUUGGGAUGUGCGACCAUUUGCACCUCAGGAACGUUGUGUCAAGAUCUUCCAGGGACACCAGCACAACUUUGAGAAUAUUUUGCUGAGGUGCUCCUGGUCCCCGGAUGGGCGGCGGGUGGCAGCUGGAUCGUCUGACAGACAUGCCUACAUUUGGGACACCACCUCAAGACACAUCUUGUAUAAGCUGCCAGGACAUAAUGGAUCUGUGAAUGCUGUGGAAUUCCAUCCCAAGGAACCAAUUGUUAUGUCCGUCUCCAAUGACAAGCAGAUCUUCCUGGGAGAGAUUGAAUGAUGGGCAGAUAAGAAUGAAAAGGUCCACAAAUGAGACUGAGGUCUAGUGACUUUCUGAUGGACUUGGGUACUUUUUUUUUCCCCCUUUUUUCCCAUCUUUUGAUUAUUCAUGUUUGACAGUGAUAGAAUUAGUUGGCAUGUGCAGUGCCACUGUACUUGUGUUCAUCCUGUCAUGAGAAAAAAAAUGUUUCAUUUGUUUCCUGGUUAAGUGAAAGCAGGUGUUGACAAUAGUGAUUGGUCCAGCAGACAGUAAAGUGUAUCUGUCACUAUAUUAAGACUGAAGCCUCUUCCCCUUCACUGGAGAAAAAUAAGGAGUGCAAAUGUAAGCAAGACAAUAAGUUUUUCUUCACUUACAUGAUAGAAUAUAAAAAUUAUAAAUUGUC